CACAGAACUUGUGGUGCACUUUGUUUCUCUCCAUGUGAAGCUGCAGAUGAAGGCUCUGCUAUGAGUCAGUGUGAGGACAGAGAGCAGGGAGCCCCUCCCUCUAAAAAAGCUCUGUCUGGGGAACCUGGGCCUGGACCUGGACCUGCACCGGCACCGGCACCGGCACCUGGACCUGGACCUGAGCCCAGCUGUGUAUCCUUAAAGAGUGACCAUUCAAAGGAUACCUUCUUUUAUUUUAAAGGACAACACCACUCUCCUGCAAAGAGGAUCAACAAAGGACCCUCCCCUGAACCAGGAUCUGAGCCCAGCUGUAUGUCCUUAAAAAGUGAACAGUCAAAGAAUGUCUCUGCUGCAGAGAGAGUCAUCCUGCAGAGUUUAGAGAUUCCCAUUGGUCAGUCCAUCCAGAAGCAUAUACCGGACCUGGACUCCAUAUUUAAGUUACUGGGGGAGAAAAUGGUCUGUUUUACGAAGAAAGAGCUGGAGAAGAUGCACAAGGGUCUGAUUUCAGAUUACCAAGAAAGCUACGAGAGUCAAAAAGAGGAAGCAGAGGUAUUGGACAGUGGGGAAGAAAAGCAGAGGAGUAUCAUAAGAGAGGCAUUUCUGCAGAUGGCAGUUGGCUUCCUGAGAGGAAUGAAACAGGAGGAGCUGGCUAACUGUCUGCAGAGCAGACCUCCUGCUUCAGUGUGUCAGCGUAAACUCAAAUCUAACCUGAAGGAGAAGUCCCAGUGUGUGUUUGAGGGGAUCACCAAAGCAGGAAAUCCAACCCUUCUGAACCAGAUCUACACAGAGCUUUACAUCACAGAGGGAGGGACUGGAGAAGUCAAUGAUGAACACGAGGUCAGACAGAUUGAAACAGCAUCCAGGAAACCACACAGACCAGAAACAAGCAUCAGACAAGAAGACAUCUUUAAAGCCUCACCUGGAAGAGAUGAACCAAUCAGAAGAGUGAUGACAAAGGGAGUUGCUGGCAUCGGGAAAACAGUCUUAACACAGAAGUUCACUCUGGACUGGGCUGAAGACAAAGCCAACCAGGACAUACAGUUCACAUUUCCAUUCACUUUCAGAGAGCUGAAUGUGCUGAAAGAGAAAAAGUUCAGCUUGGUAGAACUUGUUCAUCACUUCUUUCCUGAAACCAAAGAAACAGGAAUCUGCAGGUUUGAAGAGUUCCAGGUUGUGUUCAUCUUUGACGGUCUGGAUGAGUGUCGACUUCCUCUGGACUUUAAAAACAACGAGAUCCUGACUAAUGUCACAGAGUCCACCUCAGUGGAUGUGCUGCUGACUAACCUCAUCAGGGGGAAACUGCUUCCCUCUGCUCGCCUCUGGAUAACCACACGACCUGCAGCAGCCAAUCAGAUCCCUUCAGGAUUUGUUGACAUGGUGACAGAGGUAAGAGGGUUCACUGACCCACAGAAGGACGAGUACUUCAGGAAGAGAUUCAAAAAUAAGGAGCAGGCCAGCAGAAUCAUCUCCCACAUCAAGACAUCCAGAAGCCUCCACAUCAUGUGCCACAUCCCAGUCUUCUGCUGGAUCACUGCUACAGUUCUGGAGGAUGUGCUGAAGACCACCAAGAAAGGAGAGCUGCCCAAGACCCUGACUGAGAUGUACAUCUACUUCCUGGUGGUCCAAUCCAAACAGAGAAACACUGAAUAUGAUGAAGAAGAUGAGAAUGAUCGAGAAAUGGGAUGGAGUGAGAUGAUUGAGUCUCUGGGAAAACUAGCUUUUGAGCAGCUGCAGAAAGGAAACCUGAUCUUUUAUGACUCAGACCUGACAGAGUGUGGCAUCAAUAUCAUAGCAGCCUCAGUGUACUCAGGAGUGUUCACACAGAUCUUCAAAGAGGAGAGAGGACUGUACCAGGACAAGGUGUUCUGCUUCAUCCAUCUGAGUGUUCAGGAGUUUCUGGCUGCUCUUCAUGUUCAUCUGACCUUCAUCAACUCUGGAGUCAAUCUGCUGUCAGAAGAACCAUCAACCUCCCAUGAAUCCUCAGUGACUCAGUUCUACCAGAAUGCUGUGGAUAAAGCCUGCCAGAGUCCAAAUGGACACCUGGACUUGUUCCUGCGCUUCCUCCUGGGACUUUCACUGCCGAUCAAUCAGGUUCUCCUAGAAGGUCGGCUGACAUUGACACACACAAACCGGCAAAACAAUCAGGAUAUUGUCCAGUACAUUAAGGAGAAAAUUGAAGAGACCCUUCAUCCAGAAAGAAGCAUCAAUCUGUUCCACUGUCUGAAUGAGCUUAAGGACCAUUCCCUGGUGGAGCAGAUCCAACAGUUCCUCGGUUCAGGAAGACUCUCCAAAGAGAAACUGUCUCCUGCUCAGUGGUCAGCUCUGGUCUUCAUCUUACUGUCAUUAGAAAAAUAUCUGGAUAAAUUUGAUCUGAGGAAAUAUUCUGCUUCAGAGGAUGCUCUUCUGAGGCUGCUGCCAGUGGUCAAAGCCUCCAAUAAAGCUCUACUAAGGGGCUGUAACCUCUCAGAAAGAAGCUCCAAAGCUCUGUCCUCAAUCCUUAGCUCCAAGUCUUCUAGUCUGAAAGAGCUGGACCUGAGUAACAACGACCUGCAGGAUUCAGGUGUUAAUCUGCUAUCUGUUGCAUUGGAGAGUCCAAACUGUACACUGGAAACACUGAGACUGAAUGAUUGUGACCUCUCAGGGAGAAGCUGUGAAGCUCUGUCCUCAGUCCUCAGUUCCCAGUCCUCGAGUCUGAGAGAGCUGGACCUGAGAAAUAACAACCUGCAGGAUUCAGGAGUGAAGUUUCUGUCUGCUGGACUCAAAAGUCCACAUUGUACUCUAGAAACUUUAAGGCUCUCAGGCUGUAUGAUCACAGAGGAAGGCUGUUCUUCCCUGGCCUCAGCUCUGAGCUCCAACCCCUCCCACCUGAGAGAGCUGGACCUGAGCUACAACCAUCUGGGAGACUCAACAGUCAAGCUGCUUUCUGCUGGACUGAAGGAUCCACAAUGGGGUCUAGACACACUGAGGGUGGAGCCUAAUGGAGUCAAAUGGUUGAGGCCAGGUCUGAAGAAGUAUUCCUGUGAUCUCAUGGUCGACACAAACACCGUAAACAGAAGGAUCCAACUGUCUGACAAUAAAAGGAAGUUUACAUUUGUGGAGAAGAAUCAGUCUUACCCUGAUCAUCCAGACAGGUUUGAUGAGUGGCCUCAGCUGCUGUGUAGAGAUGGUCUGACUAGUCGCUGUUACUGGGAGGUGGAGUGGAGAGGUCAUGUUGAUAUAACGGUGAGUUACAGAGGAAUCAGGAGGAGGGGUGGAAGUGUUGACUGUGUGUUUGGAAGGAACCAUCAGUCCUGGAGACUGAGUAUCUCUGACGGUGCUUACACUGUCUAUCACAAUGACACAGUGACCUCCAUCUCCCCCUCAUCCUCCUCUGUCUGUAACAGAGUAGCAGUGUAUGUGGACUGUCCUGCUGGCUCUCUGUCCUUCUACAGAGUCUCCUCUGACACAUUGAUCCACCUCCACACCUUCAACACCACCUUCACUGAACCUCUUUAUCCUGGGUUUGGGUUUGGCUUCUGGUUUAGGUCUAGUUCGUCAGUGUCGCUCUGUUCCCUGCAGGAGAAACAUUCUCAAUGCUGAACAAUUGAAUCUGAGCAGGAUAAAGUUACAUAAAUGUUGAAGGAUCAGCUCAACAGAUGAGUCCAAAGUAAUAUCCACCUUAUGACAUCACACAUUGACCUUUGUUACUGUUCCUUUGAGCUGUUUGACAUCAGUUUGUGAUCCCUAACCACUUCCUGUUUCUGUGCUUAAGUUAAUGACCUAACCUACGAUCCUCUGUGAGUUCCUUAUUUUCCAAAAUAUUCAAACUGAAAAGAUUCUUCAUAACAUAAAAAACAUUUUCUACUUCCAGUCGUGUACAGGUCACAUAUGACACUAAUAUGUGUCUCGAGUCUGUCUACAAACCCCCCAAUGAUGUGAAAAGUCCAUCCUCUCAGUCUUUAGCC